AUGGUUGGUGAUAUUAAUCAGAACUUAAAAUAUUCUUUAGCAUCCAGCUUUGCAGACGACACACAAAUUCUGAAAGAGAUUAAUGGCCUCAUGGACACCUUUAAACUCCACUGUCUUAUAAAUAUAAUUUAUAAGUGGACAACUGAAAAUAAUAUGAAACUCAAUGGGUGUAAGUUCGAGCACCUAAGUUAUGGAAAGAUUGAGUUUUUGAAACCACUCUCUGUAUAUCUAAGUAACACGUCAGAAAAGAUUAACAAAAAAAUCACUGUGAAGGACUUAGGAGUUAUAAUGUCGAAUGAUUGCAAAUUUAAUAAGCAUAUCUCAAACCUUAUAUCAAAGGCAAACAGGAUAACUGGAUGGAUAUUACGAACAUUCGAGAGCAGAGAAAAAAACGUGAUGUUGACUCUUUGGAAAUCAUUAGUUAUUCUCCACCUUGACUAUUGUUCCCAGUUUUGGUCUCCACUAAUGAAAGGACAAAUACAAGAUAUAGAAAUGGUGCAAAGAAACUUUACUAGAAAAAUCCUUGGAACUCAAAGAAGAAGAGAACAGUAUGCCAUAAUUUACAUCUGGAAAGUGAUUGCAAAAAUAGUACCAAACUUUGGUCAGGAAACUGGGAAAGGAGGCAUCACAUGGUACACGAAUGAUCGUUUGGGUCGAAAAUGUGUUGUUCCUGUAGUGAAGAAAGGGCCAUUUUAUAAGACUCGUUGUGCUAGUUUGGCUGUCCAAGGAGUACGAUUGUUUAAUGGUCUACCAAAAGCAAUACGCAACCUAUCUGAUUGCAGCAUAGACUGUUUCAAGUCAAAGUUGGAUUGCUUUCUUGCUACUGUUCCUGAUGAGCCACUGAUACCAAAUUAUGUUCAGUUUCUAAAGGCCAACACGAACAGCAUCAUUGACAUGAUGAGCAUUGGACUCGCCGAGUAA